GUAGAAACUGCGUUCAGUUAGGAUGUAUGUGAGUGAUCUGCUCAAUGUUUCCAUACAUAUUCCUAUCAGAGUAAGAUUUCCACACCUUCCACUAACAAAUUAUACAUACAUAUUCAAAUCCGAAUAAUAAAUAAAUAAACAAAAUAAUGGUGCUAUGGGAGAUAACAUUAGGAACAGCGUAUUUUUUAGGAUUAAAAAGGACUUACAAACUUGCUCUCAAAAUUCAGCGCCGUCUUGUUAAACGCCCUAAAUUCCGUCAAUUCCUUCAAAGAAAAACACGAUCCAUUUUUGAUGUGGCACUAAAGGUUCAUCGCGAGGUACAACAAAGAGACAUUGAAGUUGGUAGAAAUCUUGGUAAUUGGAUUCUUAGAUGGCUGGAUAAAAUGAAACCAGCUGCUCAGAUACGUGUAGCAAAACCUGACCCAUCCAAGACUGAUCCAGUCAAACCCACAAAUAAGCAGUUGACCAAAGACUCCUCCGAGCAAACACCUCCACGGCGCUACGGAAUAACUUAUAUGAGAAACAAAAAUCAUGAUUCUAGUAAGCGUCAGUUCACUUCAGGAAAUAUUUGGCAUGCGGCGUACCCAACUAGUGCUAUGAUGAUGAGGCCAGCAGACCCAGCUGGAAGUCGUACUCACUACAAACACUUCAACACUUUUGAGUUAAAAAGUGCAAGGGUUGGAGUGAUUCGGAAAGAUAUAAUGCAGUGGAUGAUGCAGAAAUAGUUGGGGUGCUAUAUCAUGAUUCCCCUUUUGUUCAUGAUAAAUCUAAAAAGCCAUGAUUUAGACUGAGAUUUAGAUGGUUUGUUUAUACGAUCUUACGACUCUCGUGCUUGCUCUGUGUUGACCUUACGGCUCUUAUGCUUGUUCUGUCUUGACCUUAUGGUCUUUGGAGCUUACAAGCAUGUAAUUUUUGUUUUAGAUAUUAUGGUUGGCUUCAUAGAAUACACGGAUUUAGAAAUAAAAUUGCAUCAAUUGGUA